AUGCCACCUCAAAUGAACUCUAAUAUCCUCUAUCUUGGACAAAUACCGUUUGAUUGGGAUCAAGAGACAGUGGGUUCCGUUGUAUAUGGAUCUGGAGACAUUGUAGAUAUAAGAUUAGGUUUUGAUCAUGUUGGGAAAAAUAAAGGUUUCUGUUUUGUUGAGUAUAAAACCGUUCAAGAUGCUGCAAUGGCAAUGCCACUUCUACAACAAAUACUCAUUUUUACCAAUAAUCGUACUAAGAAAUUGAGAAUAGAAUCGUCGAAAGAAGGGUUUAAAGCCAAUCGUAUUCCACCAGAAUCAAGACCCAUUUUACAAUUGAAUCGUUCCAAAUUACCACCAAAUGUGAAGUUACCAGACCAAAUGUUGAUCAAUGGCACUAAUAAUUCCUCUUCCCAAGUACCUUCCCAGUCUAUGAGAGGAGGCAACAUGUCACAAUACCCACCUCCACCGCCACCUCAACAACAGCAAAAUCAGUUUCAACAACCGUAUCAAAAUUAUGGAUCAUAUCAGCAAACACCACCACCACCUCCACCUUCACUGAUGUUAAUGCCAAAACAACCUGUAUCACUUUCAAUGGGACCAAAUCAACAAAUGCCACAAAAGUUGGUGAAUGCAGCACAGUCUUUGCCAUUCAAUCCCGAAUUCCGUCUAGAAACUCCAGAUAACAUCAAUGUGACCUUAAGUAAAAUAUACCCACCAGAACUAAUUCAAAUGAUAGCUAAUAUGAAGAACGUUGCUCAAACAGACCCUAUGAGAGUUCAAGAUUUUUUUCAUCAGAACCCACAAUUUACUUUGCCAGUUGCACAAGCAUUAUUUUUGAUGGGACUUAUUGAUAAUGACGUUAUUGCUGAAUCUCAGAAAUCAUCUUCAUCCACACCACAGCCACAAUAUACACAGACAUACUACCAAAAUCAAGGAUAUCAACAAAAUGCUAACACUAAUCCAUAUGGCAACAAUGGUCAACAAUUUCAUCAGCAACAACAGGCUCCACCACCACCUCCUCCUAUGGUCCAGAAUCAGACUUCACCGCUCACGCAAAAUCCACGUUGGCAUACACUUUCACCAGACAUGCAGAGAACUAUCUUAAGCUUCCCACCGGAGCAGGGUCAGUUAGCGCUUACAAUCAUGACUAUCACUCCGGAGGAAGAACUGGAAUUAGCGCCUGCUGUUCGUCAACAAUAUCAAAAUCUUAGACGACAAUUAAAUGUCUAA